GGGGAGUCGAGCUUGCUCUCCUGUAUUUUGGGAGAAGUUCCAAAAAUAUCAGGCACGGUUAAGCUCUGUGGAACGAAGGCGUAUGUUACUCAGUCGCCAUGGAUACAGAGCGGAAAGAUAGAAGAGAAUAUACUGUUUGGCGAGGAGACGGAUCGGGAAAGGUAUGAGAAGGUCCUUGAAGCAUGUUCUUUGAAGAAGGACUUGGAAAUUCUAUCAUUUGGUGAUCAGACAGUCAUAGGUGAGAGGGGAAUCAAUUUGAGUGGGGGACAGAAGCAGAGGAUACAGAUUGCACGCGCUCUAUACCAAGAUGCGGAUAUUUAUCUAUUUGAUGAUCCAUUUAGUGCUGUGGAUGCUCAUACCGGCAGCCAUCUCUUUAAGCAAUGUUUAUUGGGGCUUUUGGAUUCAAAAACAGUGAUUUUUGUUACUCAUCAAGUAGAGUUCUUACCAGCUGCAGAUCUCAUCCUGGUCAUGAAAGACGGAAGGAUCACUCAACCCGGGAAAUACAAUGACAUUCUCAAUUCCGGGAGUGAUUUUAUGGAACUUGUUGGUGCACAUAAGGAAGCUUUAUCAGCACUAGAUUCCACAGUGGCUGAGUCAUGCUCGGAAAAAUUGACUGUCAGCGAGGAAGACGGUGGUUUGGGGAGCGUUCAGAAAUCUGUCCAGAAAGAGGAAGCCGGGCAUGGUCAAAAUGGUAAACCAGAUGAUACAGCAGGACAAAAAGGACAGAUUGUUCAAGAAGAAGAAAGAGAGAAAGGCAGAGUUGGCCUUUCGAUCUACUGGAAAUACAUAACAACAGCAUACGGAGGAGCUCUCGUGCCCUUCGUUUUGUUGGCACAAAUUUUAUUUCAGGUGCUUCAAAUAGGAAGCAACUAUUGGAUGGCUUGGGCAAUGCCUGUGUUGAAGGACAUGGAGGCUCCAGUUGGAGGUUCUACUCUCAUGAUCGUCUACGUGACUUUGGCAAUUGGAAGUUCUUUCUGUGUUUUGGCCAGAUCUGUACAUCUCGUAACGGCUGGGUACAAGACUGCCACUACACUCUUCAAUAAAAUGCAUUUAUGCAUUUUUCGUGCUCCCAUGUCGUUCUUUGACGCCACACCAAGUGGUCGAAUCUUAAAUAGAGCAUCAACAGAUCAAAGUGCAGUGGAUUUGAACAUUCCGUUUCAAGUUGGGUCAUUUGCCUUCUCAAUGAUACAGCUCCUUGGAAUUAUUGCAGUAAUGUCGCAGGUUGCGUGGCAGGUCUUCAUAAUUUUUAUUCCCGUGAUUGCAACCUGUGUUUGGUUACAGCAAUAUUACAUACCUUCAGCGCGAGAACUGGCACGAUUAGUUGGAGUAUGCAAAGCUCCAGUUAUACAGCAUUUUGCUGAAACCAUCUCAGGAUCAACAACCAUUAGGAGCUUUGAUCAGGAACCGAGAUUCAAGGAGUUGAGUGUGAAACUGAUAGAUGCGCAUUCUAGGCCAAAGUUCUACUCCGCUGCUGCAAUGGAGUGGCUUUGCUUCUGGUUGGAUGUGUUGUCUUCUAUUACAUUCGCUUUCUCUUUGGUUUUCUUGAUCUCUAUGCCAACAGGAGCAAUUGAUCCAAGUGUUGCGGGGUUAGCAGUGACAUACGGGCUUAAUCUGAACACGUUACAAGUAUCGGUUAUAUGGAAUCUUUGCAAUCUGGAGAAUAAAAUCAUAUCAGUUGAAAGAAUAUUUCAAUACACAUCUAUCCAAAGUGAGUCCCCUCUUGUGAUAGAAGAAAAUAGACCAGAUAGUCAGUGGCCAUCACAUGGAGAUGUUCAUAUCAAAGAUCUACAGGUCCGAUAUGCCCCACACAUGCCACUUGUGUUACGAGGCCUUACGUGUACUUUCCCUGGAGGAAUGAAAACUGGAAUUGUGGGGAGGACGGGCAGUGGUAAAUCAACCCUCAUACAGACACUCUUUGGCAUUGUUGAACCUGCAGCUGGUCAGAUUCUGAUAGAUGGUAUCGUCAUUUCCUCAAUUGGGCUACAUGAUUUACGAUCUAGAUUAAGCAUCAUUCCUCAGGAUCCGACCAUGUUUGAGGGGACAGUGCGAAGCAACCUGGACCCACUUGAAGAGCACACAGAUGAACAGAUUUGGGAGGCUCUUGAUAAGUGCCAACUUGGAGAUGAAGUCAGGAAGAAGGAAGGCAAGCUUGAUUCAGCAGUUACAGAGAAUGGGGAGAAUUGGAGUAUGGGUCAGAGGCAGCUGGUUUGUCUCGGCCGGGUGCUACUCAAGAAGAGCAAGGUCUUGGUGCUUGAUGAAGCUACGGCGUCAGUUGAUACAGCGACUGACAAUCUUAUUCAGCAAACGCUUAAGCAACAUUUCACGGAUUGUACAGUGUUAACAAUUGCACAUAGGAUAACAUCUGUGGUUGAUAGUGACAUGGUUCUACUGUUAGAUCACGGUUCUUAUAAACCCUAUCCAUCUAUUGCUAAAAAAAGACUCUUGCUUUGAGAUCUUCCUAAUUUU